AUGGCAGCGACUAUGGAUCCCGAUUGUGCAUUGACCGACGAUACCUUUGGUCCCUAUGCUGGUCCACAUUGCCGUGGCGGCUUCGACCUCACUCUCCUCUUCUCCGAGGUGUUUCUCUCGAUAAUUCCUCUAUCCUUGUUGAUAGCUAUCGCGCCUUAUAGAAUCUAUCGACUAUGGUGGAAGGAUACCAAGGUUUCGAGGACGACUCUGCUAUAUACCAAACUGAUAGGAUGGGCUGUGUUCGCUGGUUUCGAGCUUGCGCUCCUCGUGAUCUGGUCAAACCGACAAACACGCAACAACCGUGCCGAACUCGCAUCAGCUGCUAUCAGCUUCAUCGGCGCAGUCUUACUGGGAUUUCUCUCCUUCGUUGAGCACAUGAGGUCGAUACGUCCAUCGUUCCUGCUCACGGUAUACCUAUUCUUCACCAGCAUAUUUGAUAUCGAACGCUCUCGCAGUUAUGCACUCACGCCCGAGCUGGACCUCGUUGCUACGGUUUUCGCCUCACGCCUUGCUGUGAAAGUAUUCCUCGCCAUAGUUGAAGCGCGAGACAAGCGACGGCUCCUUCUCCCAGACUUCGCCAACAACCCAACGGAGGCUACCAGUGGUGUGUACAGGCGGGUAACGUUCUGGUGGCUGAACCCGCUCUUCAAGAAGGGAUUCUCCACUUCACUGACUGUCGAUGACCUUUUCCAGCUGGACAAACACCUCACAGCAGACUACCUGCACCAUCUAAUUGGCUCGUCGUGGGCAAGAGUUGCGAAUGUCGGUACACACUCUCUCUUCGGAACGACAUUGAGGAAGUUGAAGUGGCCCAUACUGGCAGUUGUUCCGCCCAGACUAUGUCUGAUUGCCUUCAACUUCUGCCAACCAUUUCUGAUCGAAAGAGCUGUCAACUUCUCCCAGGAGGCCGAGACGGCGCAGACGGCCAACAUCGGGUAUGGAUUGAUUGGCGCGUACAUUAUCGUUUUCAUCGGCAUUGCAAUCUCCACCGGGCAAUACAUGCAUUUCACCUUCCGAUUUAUCACACAGAUGCGAGGUGGUCUCAUCUCCAUGCUUUACAACAAAGCAACAGAAGUCACAUUGACAGACAUGGAUCCAGCAUCUUCCAUCACGCUCAUGAGUGCCGACGUCGAGCGUAUCGUCACGGGUAUGGAGACUGGUCACGAGGUAUGGUCUAAUACACUUGAGAUUGCGCUCGCAAUGUACCUCUUGGAGCGACAACUCGGUGCCGCCUGUGCGAUCCCCAUCGGCGUUGCUGUUGUAUCAUUGCUCGGCUCCAUAGCAGCCACUAGCUUGGUGAUGCAACGUCAAGCACUCUGGCUCGAAGGCAUCGAGCGACGCAUUGCAGCCACCAACUCCAUGCUGAACUCGAUGAAGGGUGUCAAGAUGGGUGGUCUCACCGAGGUUCUGCGAGACGAUCUCCAGAAACUUCGGGUUGAUGAGCUUAACAUCUCGAAGAAGUUCAGAAAGCUCCUCAUCUGGACAAUGGGUUUCUCCUACAUCUCACCAAUUGUGUCACCCAUUCUGGCAUUUGCGGUCUUUUCUAUCAUCGCGCAAAACAGUAACGGCAGCAGCACUCUCGACACCGCAACUGUCUUCACUUCACUCUCCCUGUUCACGCUUCUUACAGAACCACUCGGGUCGCUCAUUAUGGCUCUUUCCUCUUUGAUGGGAGGUGUCGGAUCGUUCAAGAGAAUCCAAGACUUUCUUACAUUGGCUCCGCGUGAUGAGCACCGUAAAUUUCCUUCCAUCUAUGGUGGUAGCACAGCUUGCCUUUCAGUUGCAGGCACCGAGUCAGACAAAAGCUCCGAGACUUCUCAAAAGAGCCGUUGUUCUAUCGAGGUCAAGGAGUACAGCGCUCUUGGUUCUCAGGCUAUCGUCAUUGAGAACGGCUACUUCGGAUGGGAUCCGGUCAGACAGCCAUCUGGUACCUUGCAGGACAUCGAUAUGAUCGUCCCACGCGGGAAGAUUACCAUGGUAGUGGGACCGGUGGGGUGUGGUAAGUCAACCCUGCUUAAAGCAGUGCUCGGAGAGUUACCUGUCAUGGGUGGCUCGCUGCAGGUGUCUUCCCUACGGAUCGCCUUGUGCGACCAAACUGCAUGGCACGUGAACGGCACAGUGCAGGAAAGCAUCCUCGGUGCUGCCGUGUUUGAUCAGCGGUGGUACUCGUCGGUAGUGCGGAGCUGCGCAUUAGACGAUGAUCUACGGCAAUUACCCCAAGGUGACCAAACCCAGAUUGGCAGCAAGGGUAUCGCAUUGAGUGGAGGCCAAAGCCAGCGAAUUGCACUAGCCAGAGCAGUCUACGCUCAGAAGGACAUCAUCAUCCUCGAUGACUGCCUCAGCGGCCUUGAUGGCCAGACCGAGAACCGUAUAUGGCACAGUCUCUUUGGUCACGAGGGACUAUUAAAGCGGUGCCGAACCACAGUUCUCAUUGCGUCAUCAUCGGCCAAACGCGCACCUUACUCUGAUCACAUUGUCGCCCUUGACAAGGACGGCAGGAUUUCGGAACAAGGUCCUUUCGAGAAGCUGAACAAGUCGGGAGGCUACGUGUCGGGCUUCGACCUUGCACUUCCUGACUGGGACUACCGUGCGGAGAAGCACAUCUACGAGGAGCCACCCAGGUACACCGAGCGUCUAGCCAGCGAUAACCAGCUCACCGAGGAUGACGUGCAAGCUGAGGCCAAUCGUCGUACUGGCGACACAGCCAUCUACCUCUACUACAUUGGUACUGUGGGCUGGAUCCCUACAAUCAUCUUCAUCUUUUCUAUCAUCAUCUUCAUCUUCGGCAUCUCCUUCCCCACUGUCUGGGUGAAAAUGUGGGCGGAAUACAACCAGGAGAACCCCAACGAGCGACUCGGAUACUGGCUUGGCAUCUAUGCCAUGCUUGGCGGGUUGGCACUCGUCUUCCUGAUGGUCAGUUGUUGGCAGCUCAUCAUCACCAUGGUCCCUCGUUCUGGCGUCACAUUCCACAAGAAGCUUUUGGAUACAGUCCUUGGGUCUCCCAUGUCUUUCUUCUCUACCACAGACACCGGAGUCACGCUCAACCGCUUCAGUCAAGAUCUCAUGUUGAUCGACAUGGAGUUGCCAGUGGCCGCGCUGAACACUUUCGCCACAUUCGUCCUCGUCAUCGGACAGAUGAUCCUUAUCGCUGUCGCUGCUCCUUACGCAGCCAUUUCCUUUCCUGUCGUCAUCGUCGCAGUCUUCUUUGUUCAAAAGUUUUAUCUCCGCACAUCGCGCCAACUUCGUUUCCUCGAUCUGGAAGCCAAGUCACCACUCUACACUCAGUUCAAUGAGAUACUGGAAGGUUUAGCGACUAUCCGCGCAUUCGGAUGGCAGAGUUUCGUUGAGGAGAAAGCAAAAGCUCUACUUGACCGUAGUCAACGGCCCUUCUACCUGCUCUUUGCGGCCCAGCGUUGGUUGACACUCGUACUGGACUUGGUCGUCGCAGCCGUCGCAACGAUCCUUAUAGUGCUGGUAGUCACCUUGAAAGGCAGGCUGAGUGCUGGAUACGUUGGUGUAGCGCUACUCAACGUGGUACUGUUCUCUCAGAGUAUCAAGUUGCUCAUCUCUUUCUGGACCCAGCUCGAGACGCACAUUGGAAGUGUCGCCAGGAUCAAGAACUUUACCGCCGAUGCCGUGGCAGAGGACUCUGAGGGCGAAGACCACAUUCCGCCCGCCAGCUGGCCAAGCGCCGGCAAGAUUGAGUUCAGAGGCAUCGAAGCAUGCCACCGGCCCGGUGAACCUGUUAUCUCGAACUUUUCCCUGUCCAUCAGGCCUGGUGAAAAGGUUGCCAUCGUUGGCCGCACGGGGAGCGGAAAAUCAUCGCUCGUUCUCUCUCUCUUCCGUAUGGUCGAACUUUCCAGUGGUAGUAUCACCAUCGAUUCCGUUCCACUUACUCGGAUACCUCGCCAAACCAUUCGCAGUCGACUCAUCGGUCUACCUCAAGACGCCUACCUACUUCCCGGUUCGGUUCGCCUCAAUGCUGAUCCCUUAAAAGAAUCCGAUGACAAAGCCAUCAUGGCUGCGUUGAAGGACGUACAACUAUGGGAUAUUAUUGUGGCAAAGGGUGAUGCUGAGAAGUACGGGCACCCGUUAGACGUCGAAGUCGAGGACCUGCAUUUCUCGCACGGACAACGUCAGCUCUUCUGCUUAGCACGUGCAAUGCUCAAGAAGGACAAGUCAACCGUUGUUGUCAUGGACGAAGCUACUAGCAAUCUCGAUGCUGCAAGUGACGCCCAUGUCCAACGCCUCCUCCGCUCCAGAUUCCCACAUCACACCCUCAUCACCGUCGCCCACAAGCUCGAUACAAUACUCGACUUCGACAAGGUCGUCGUCAUGAACAAGGGUCAACUCGUUGAGUACGGUUGUCCUCACAAGCUACUAGACCGCCAGGGAAGCUGGUUUAAGAGUCUGUAUGAAGAUGUCGCCAGAAGAGGUUCUGAGGAUGAGGAUGAGGAUGAGAUCAACGUCAUCUAG